UAGUUUUUGUUACAUUCAUGAAGCCAUCCAAAAAAUCCGAAUCCGAAUUUUGGUCCCUUUCUUUAGUCGAAAGCGAAGACGGUAAUGAAGAGCAGCCAGUGCCUUUAGAUAUUUGCCUCCCGCAAGAAAUGACCGCCGAUAUCAAGCUUCCACCAAGUCUUCUUCAGGUCUCGCCAGUUCAAAACGUGCCGUCGAGGAAAUCAGAUAAAAAAACGGUGCAUAUUAGCUGCCUGAGAAGGUCGCCGAGGUUGUCGGUGUUGUUUGGGCCGCAGCCACCAAAUGUGGGGCCCAUUGUGAGAGUACAAACACAAAGUAAUAGAAUGAAAAAUACGGAAAGAAGAAUUGUGGAUGAUAAGAGCCUUAGAAGGUCGCCCAGAUUUACAUCCUUUUCUGCUGGGGCUGAAAACGUAAAGACUCUUUUUCUUCCCCUUAAGAGUCAAAGCUCCAAAAGUGGAAGCUUCAAGUUAAUUGAAAAUAAAAAAGCAAAAGUUAUGAAUGUAAAAGUUUUGAGGAGAUCUCCUAGAUUGACUUCAGCCUCAACCGAAACCAAAGCCGAUUCUUCAAAAACUAAGUUCAAAUCCCCUGAAAAAGUUUCUUACUCUGAAACAAGAUCUUCAGGAAAGUUGAUUGACGAGCUAUUAUAUCUCUCAUGGCCCGAGGAUGCGGGUAAAGGAUCUGUUCCUUCAAUGCAUAAUGACCCUAACUUUUCUGAUGAAAAGCAGAGGAGAAAGUCUCCGAGAUUUGUUAGGGAGACUGACAAUUGGAGCGGUAACGAAUCUAUCAGAAAAUUUGAAGUUCAUAACUCAAGGCUUUCCAUUGAAAAGCAGUUAAGAAAAUCUAUGAAAAUUGGUCGGGCUACUAAAAAUGGUUGCAUUAAUGUCUCUAUUAGGAGAUUGGAUACACAGGAAAUUGGCUUUUCAGGAGAAAAGCUGUUGGGAAUGUCUCCUAGUUUCAUGCAGGCAACUGAAAAUGGUGAUAGUGAUGUAUCAUUCAGAGAACAUAGAAGGGAAAUGUGUGAUGAAAAGCAGUUGAAACUACCUUUCUCAUGUCCUACAUCAUUGGAUGGAGUCGGUAGAGCUGAAGUAAACUCUUCUUUCAUUGGAUCAUCCAAUUCAUGGGAUGAACAUCCUUUCAAGAAAUUUAAGGUCUCAUCAGUAGAUUCAGAUAUGAGAAUGUCAGAUGAAAAGUUCUCAAAGAAGAUCAAGGACUCGUCUCUUUUAAAAAAGAAACAGACUAAACACAGGAGUGAUCCCAUAUUUGUCGGCAGUCCAAUCCCUGAUGAUGAAGCUCAAGAAAGGUGGCAUUGGCGAUAUGAAAUGAAGAAUAUAAAAUCUAAGAGUAAAAGCAUCCCAUUGGAUGAUGAUGAUGAAGACAAGAUUGUUUGGAAUGUGGAAUGCCAUUAUGUUCAAGCUGAAGUUGAUGGAUGUGCCAUAAACCUUGGGGAUUGUGUAUAUAUUAAAGGUGAAGAAGCAAAACACCACAUUGGAAGGAUAUUAGAAUUUUUUAAAACAACAGAUGGAGAAAACUAUUUUAGAGUCCAAUGGUUUUAUAGAGCUGAAGAUACAGUUAUGAAACAAGAGACUUCUUUCCAUGACGAAAGACGUCUAUUCUAUUCGACUGUAAUGAAUGAUAAUCCCAUGGAAUGCAUUAUUUCAAAAGUUACUGUUACACAAAUAUCACCUAAGUUAGGCUUAAAAUCAAAUUCUAUCCCCCAAUCUGAUUUCUAUUUUGACAUGGAGUAUUGCGUGGAGUAUUCAACAUUCCGCACCUUGCCAACCGAUGAUUCUUUCAAGAGCUACAGUUCAUCAAACUGCUGUAAGGAGAUUUUGCCUACAACUCCAACAGCCUUUUCAGAAAAUAUUCCUAGUUUGGGAACUUACAAAGCAGAACUCGCACUGCUGGAUCUUUAUGCUGGUUGUGGUGGAAUGUCAACUGGAUUAUGCCUCGGUGCCAAAGCAACUUGCAUUGAUCUAGUAACGAAAUGGGCCAUUGACAAUGAUAAGUCGGCAUGUAAAAGCUUGAAAUUAAAUCAUCCAGAGACACAUGUCAGGAAUGAAGCUGCUGAUGAUUUUCUUCUACUAUUGAAGGAAUGGAAAAAGCUUUGCAAACGAUAUGCAGUUGACAAUGUAGAAAGAUAUCCAUCAAGAUCCACAGAUUCCCAAGCAGUGUGGAAUGAUGCCAAUUCUCCAAAAGAUGCUGAUACUCCCCCUGGUGAAUUUGAAGUUUCCAGUCUUGUUGAUAUUUGUUAUGGCGAUCCCUGCAACACAGGCAACCGUGGUCUAAACUUUAAGGUUCGUUGGAAGGGUUAUAGUGCAAGUGAAGAUACAUGGGAACCAAUUGAAGGCUUAAGCAAUUGUCAAGAAUGUAUACAGGAUUUUGUAAGAAAAGGAUUCAAGUCCAAAAUCUUACCACUUCGUGGUGAUGUCGAUAUUAUUUGUGGUGGCCCUCCAUGCCAAGGAAUAAGUGGCUAUAAUCGCUAUAGAAAUGUUGAUUCCCCACUGGAUGAUGAAAGAAAUCGUCAAAUAGUGGUCUUCAUGGACAUAGUGGAAUACUUAAAACCUAAGUUUGUUUUAAUGGAAAAUGUGGUUGAUAUCCUGAGAUUUGACAAGGCUUCGCUUGGAAGAUAUGCUUUAAGUCGGUUGGUUCACAUGAAAUACCAAUCAAGGCUUGGAAUAAUUGCAGCUGGUUGUUAUGGUCUUCCUCAAUUUCGGUUGCGUGUUUUUUUGUGGGGAGCACAUCCUGGUGAAAAACUACCACAGUUUCCACUUCCUACUCAUGAUGUUAUUAUCAGAUAUUGGCCUCCUCCUGAGUUUGAGCGUAAUACGGUUGCUUAUGAUGAAGACCAACCCCGUGAACUGGAGGAUGCACUUGUUCUCAGUGAUGCCAUAUCUGAUCUCCCAGCUGUGACAAAUAAUGAAGCUCGUGAAGAAAUGACUUAUGGAAAGCCUCCUGAGACUGAUUUUCAAAGAUAUAUAAGAUCAAGUGAAUAUGAGAUGACUGGUUUUGCAUUAAAUGGUGCUACAAGAAUAUUGAACCCACUGUAUGACCAUCGGCCUUCCCCAUUAACUGAGGAUGAUUAUACAAGAGUUUGUCUAAUUCCUAAGAGAAAGGGAGCAAAUUUCCGGGACCUCCCUGGUAUAAUUGUUGGAAAAGACAAUGUGGCUCGGAGGGAUCCAACACAGGAAAAGCAGCUGUUACCAUCUGGAAAACCGUUGGUACCGGAUUACGUCUUUACGUUUGAGCAAGGAAAAUCUAAAAGACCGUUUGCAAGAUUAUGGUGGGAUGAGACAGUGCCAACUGUAGUAACUUACCCUUAUUGUCACAGCCAGCAUUACAUCCAGAGCAGGAUCGAGUUCUCACAAUACGAGAAUAUGCAAGGCUGCAAGGUUUUCCUGAUUAUUAUAGAUUCUGCGGGACAAUUAAAGAGAGGUAUUGUCAAAUUGGGAAUGCUGUUGCUGUUCCUGUUGCUCGAGCCCUGGGAUAUGCAAUGGGCAUGGCGGUUCAAAAACAGAGCGGGAAUGAACCACUGAUGACCCUCUCUCCUAAGUUUUCUCUUUCCACCAAUCUUCAGUUAGCGAAAUCAUUCUCACAGAACACUAAUUGAAUUCAUAUUUUUAUGCUUCCCUUCCAUUCAUUAUUUAUGUCACUGACAUAAAAUUUUCUUGCAAGGCUUGUAUCCUUCAUGUGAGCAACUCGCAAGCUUGCAGGCUCCCCUGUAAAAUCUCAAAUAUAAUGAUCUCAGAAAAUCUGUUUAACUGAAUAUAAGGAAAUCGAGAAAUGUUGAAGCUUGUAUCAAUUGUUAAGAAAAUGUUGUCAGGAAAUGAGAAAUAAUUUUUUUUUAUUAUUUUGAGUUCUGAUUCUUCUGAAAGAAUAAUAAGCAAAUCUUCAUCCAAAAAAAUGGAUAGGGCCAAAAGGGGAUGGAUUCUUCGGACAGCUUUUUUCAUGGGCUUUGGAUCUCCUUGUUCGGGUCGAACCG